GAGAGGGACCCGAACGCGCGGCUAGCACCAUGAGCCUCCUCAACAAGCCCAAGAGCGAGAUGACCCCCGAGGAGCUGCAGAAGCGGGAGGAGGAGGAGUUCAACAUGGGCCCGCUCUCCGUGCUCACGCAGUUGGUCAAGAACAACACCCAGGUGCUCAUCAACUGCCGCAACAAGAAGCUGCUGGGCUGCGUGAAGGCCUUCGACAGGCACUGCAACAUGGUGAAGGAGAUGUGGACCGAGCUCCCCAAGAGCGGCAAGGGCAAGAAGAAGUCCAAGCCGGUCAACAAGGACUGCUACAUCUCCAACAUGUUCCUGCGCGGGGACUCGGUCAUCAUGGUACUGCGCAACCCGCUCAUCGCCGGCAGUAGGGCCGGCCCCACCCCGCAUCAAUAA